ACACCCUGACCAUGGUGAAGCACAGGACAUGGUGGAGGGAUAUGAAAUCCUUCUAUUUCUGAACUUUGAGUCAAAUUGUUAGCAAUGUUUAUUUACUGAGAGGUUCUAUGCAGGCUCUCCCACCAGAGAUUUUUAUCCUGCUGCAUAGUCUGCAUUGGCAUAUGUGGGUAGAGUAACUUAAAAUAAGCCACGACCACGCCCUACAUCCUUUUCGUAAUAGACGUUAUCUUUUACUUGAAAUAUGGAGUGAGUUUCUCUUAUUAAGUGUUUCAAAACAAGUAAUAAAAAAUGUUCCAAUUUUUACGGGAGGUCGCUUUGGCGUGAGGAAGCCAAUGAGUGUUUUACCCUGUCAUAGACUACUGUACAUAGGUGGCAGCACGUUAGUAAUGGAGGUUUUCUUUUAAUCUGUAUGUUGGCAUUGGAGUUUCACAUUUGUUGUGUUAUCUAUGGAUUAGACAAGUUUGUACGUCAGUAUUUUGCUCCACCUGUUCUACGGCGUUGUGCAGAGGGAUGGUUUUUGUGGUGCUUGAUUUGAUGUUUAUGGUGUAAUUCAGCGUGUUUAUCAACGACGUCUGUAUUUUGUUGGUGAUCUACAUUUGUAUCAAGACCUGGGCAGAUAUUCCAAGUUAGGAACAGUUAUCAAAACUAUGAUUCUGUCACUAGGAUUCUUGUAAACCACUUUUCUUACCCUUCAUGAUGUCGGAUGAAGAAGGUUUAAAUUCACAAAACAGUUUGCAGUCUCUUGCGACAAGAUUGCCAAGAAUUAUACUGCAGAGAGCUGAAGAAGUAUUUCCUGCUUUGAAGGAAGACUUGAACUGCACGGUCUUCGUGAAAGAUGUACGUAGUUCAGAUACUGAGAUGUGUCAUGGAAAUCAGGUUAUCUAUAUAAAAACAGAGGACAUCGCAGAUGUGCAAGAGGAGGGGGCAGUGGAGGAUCCUCUACUUAUAAUGUUACCGACAAUAAAGGUUGAACAUGGGGAGGACAUUGAUAUAGUCAAAGUAGAAAAUGACACAGAUGUUCAGAGUGAAGAUUCCAGUGGUGUGAAGACUGGCGAGGUUUGCGUACCGUCAGCACUGCCUGUCAACAAGACUGAAGCCAAGGUUGUACCUGGUUUAGAUAGUGAGACACGUCUGAAAUCUCUUGAUGAAAAUCAGGUCGUAUAUAUGAAGAUUGAGGACAUGACCGCUACGCAAGAGGAGGAGGAUCCGGUACUAGAUGAACUUGGGAAUCCUCUGAAUGAAGAUCAACUCUUGCAUGGCGCAGGGCAUCCAAAUUUGUAUGAUGUGCAUCAUAAGUCAUUCAAUAGUCAGAGUAUUUUGGAGUCACAUCCAUAUAUACAUGAUGAUGUGGAGCAAUUUUCGUGCGACGUGUGUAACAAGUCAUUCAGUUUGAAGAGUCGUCUCGAGAUACACGAACGCAUACAUAAUGGGAAGCAGCCAUACUCUUGUGAUAUCUGUAACAAAUCAUUCAGCCGCAGGGGUAAUCUCGACCAACAUCAACGCAUAGUACAUAGUGGUAAGCGGCCAUAUCCCUGUGGUACAUGCAACAAAUCGUUCAUUCACAGUUGUCUCCUGAAGAUUCAUCAACGUGUACAUUCUGGUGAGAAGCCGUACUCUUGCGAGGUCUGCAAUAAAUCGUUUAUCCAGAUGAGGCGUCUCAAGUUACAUCAACGCAUACAUAAUGGGGACAUACUGUAUCCAUGCAGUGUUUGUAAUAAAUCGUUCAUUAGUCAGGGUGACCUAAACAGGCAUCAGCGCUCGCACAGUGGGAACCGACCGUAUGUCUGCGACGAGUGUAAUAAAUCGUUCAUUACUCAGAGCGAUUUGAGCAGACAUCUGCGCUUGCAUAAAGGGGAGCGGCCAUUCUCCUGUGAGGUGUGCAAUAAAUCAUUUAGUCAGGUGAGUCAUCUGAGGGGACAUCAACGAAUACAUAGUGGGGAGAGGCCUUAUAGCUGUGAUUUGUGUAAUAAAUCAUUUGUUAACCAGAGCGAUCUGAGGAGACAUCAGCGCAUUCACAGCGGAGAGCGACCACACACCUGUGACGUGUGUAAAAAAUCAUUCGGUCAGAUGAGUCACCUGAAGGAUCAUCAACGCACGCACAGUGGUGAGCGGCCGUAUCGGUGCGACGCGUGUAACAAGUCGUUCACUAGUUCGAGUACUCUGAAGACGCACAAAUACUUGCACACGGGGGUGCGGCCGUUCUCCUGCGACGUGUGUAACGAGUCCUUCAGUUGGAGGGAUUCUCUGAACAAACAUCAACGCUCGCACAAUGGGGAACGACCAUUUUCCUGCGACGUAUGUAAUAAAUCCUUCGUUAGUCAGAAUGAUCUGAGCAAACAUCAACAGUUACAUAGUGGGCAGCGGCCGUACGCCUGUGACGUGUGUAAUAAUUCGUUCAAUUUUAGGUGUCACCUGAAGGAACAUCAAGUCAUUCAUACCGGGGAGCGGCCAUUCUCCUGUGACGUGUGCAAAAAGACGUUCAGUCGAAGGCGUACUCUGAAAGAACAUGAACGCAUACAUAGUCAGAAGGAGUAAUUCUCCUCUGAUUUGCUAAUAAGAGUUUCCUGAAGUCAUCAGUGUACAUAUAUGUAUUUUAUAUUAUGUGGAAUAAAUGCUUGCGUUGACUGUUCA